AAUAGGAUAGCAAAGGUAGCAAGGAAAGUCUAACGAAAGAACAACAACCAAGUUCGUCAAAUAUAACAAGUGAGGAUGAGAACAAUGACAUUAAUUAGAAUUUAUAAUCAUCUUUAAGAAGUUAACAAAUGGAAACUUAUUGUAUCAGAUUUUGAGUCAAACUACACUUAACAGAAAGGCUCUUCUUGUCGUCAAGAUGCCUUAUGGUGAAGAUAUAGAUGAAUUAUCGUCGUUAGUCGGGAGUUCAACUUCGCAACAUUCUUAUCUUCUAAGUAGUCAGUCUACAGAAUUAGAAAAAAGAUGCAGAAGCUUUCAGAGUUGGAUGGAGGAGCAGACAGCCGGAAUCAAUUUAACGUGGGAGAAUUUGAAUGUGGAAAUAAAGGAUAAAUCCUUAUUGAAGAAUGAUAAGGAUAAUCCCGAAAAUCGAAAGAUUCUUAAUAAUAUGUCAGGAAGUGUUAAUUCUGGUAUGCUGUUGGCUGUUAUGGGAGGAAGUGGAGCAGGAAAAUCGACUUUUCUCAAUUGUUUAGUAGAUAGAAAUUGCAAGGGUUUAUCAGUCAGUGGUAAAAUUACGGUGAAUGGACACGCUCAUAGAAACUACAUAAGGGCAAUUUCGGCUUACGUGCAGCAAGAUGACUUGUUUCUACCAGGUUUAACCGUCAGAGAACAUUUAAUUUUUCAGGCAAAAUUACGAAUGGAUCAUAGAACAACCAGGAAAGAACGAUUACAGAGAAUUGAAGAAAUUUUAAAAGAGUUAGGACUUAAAAAUUGCGAGAAUACAAUUAUAGGACAACCUGGAUUCAAGAAAAGUUUAUCCGGAGGCGAAAGGAAACGUUUAACCUUCGCAACUGAAAUCUUAACAGACCCAGCAUUACUGUUCUGUGACGAGCCAACUACUGGUCUCGAUUCAUUUAUGGCACACAACGUAGUCAGUAUAUUAUAUGAAAUGGCUUCUAAAGGGAAGAUCGUUAUCUGCACCAUCCAUCAACCGUCUUCUGAAGUCUUUCGAAUGUUCGAUAGAUUAUUACUUAUAGCUGAAGGUAGAACAGCAUAUUUAGGACCGUCCUACGAAGCUCUCGAAUUUUUCUCUAGUUUGGGUUAUAUAUGUCCUCUUACUUUUAAUCCCGCUGAUUAUUAUAUUCAAGUUUUAGCUAUUCAGCCAGGUUUCGAAGAAAGGGAUAAACAGAUAAUUAAUAAAAUUUGCAAUUGGUACGAUGCUUCUUCGUUUGGAAAAAAUGAAGAAUGGAAUCAACACUGUGGUUACGAGUUAUCAGAAGUAUACCAUAAAGUGAAGUCAAAGAAAGCGUCGUGGUUUGUACAGUUCUAUAUGCUAUUAUGGAGAGCUUUACUCGAAGCAUUUCGAAAUCCUUCAAUAAUGACUAUAAGAACGUUUCAGAAAAUUUUUCUAGCCUUGAUGAUUGGUUCUAUUUACUUUCAAAUAAAAAUCAACCAGGCAGGAAUCAUGGCUGUAAAUGGUGCAAUAUUUAUUUUCAUUACAGAAAAUACGUUUCCAAGUAUGUACGGGGUGCUUCAGACAUUUCCUCAAGAGCUUCCAGUAUUUCUUCGUGAAAAUCAAAAUGGUAUAUAUCGAGUAGAUGCAUAUUACUUAUCCAAGAUAAUAUCUUUAAUUCCAGGUUUCAUUUUCGAGCCGGUUUUAUUCACAGUUAUAUCUUAUUGGAUGAUAGGAUUAAAUAGUGAUUUAGAUCGAUUCUUCUUAACCAUGCUUAUCAUUGUUUUAACUGCAAACACAGCAAGCGCAUGCGGAUUUUUCUUUUCGGCUGCUUGCGCUUCACCAACUUUAGCCAUGACAAUUCUCGUGCCAAUUGAUGUAGUUUUAAUGAUCACAGGAGGAAUUUUUAUCAAUUUAAAAACUUUAUCAAAAUACAUAUCGUGGUUGCAGUACUUAUCCUGGUUUCGAUAUUCUAACGAAGCGUUAAUGGUAGUGCAAUGGGAAAAUGUUCAUAACAUUACUUGUUCCUCAAGGAAAGAUAUUCCUUGUGUUAGAGAAGGUGUCGAAGUAAUUGAAGAACUUGGUUUCAGUAGAGACGAAAAUGAAUGGAACUUUAUCUGCCUGUUUAUAUUAUAUAUUGCUUUUCAUUUGAUGGGAUUAAUUGCUUUAAUUUUGAGAUCUAAAAAGAAAUAAUAAUCAUGAAUGUUUGUAGCUAAUAUAUUUUUACAUUUGUU